AUGAUCGUCGAACAACCGGGUUGUGCACCUCACCUAUUCGAGGCGUCCCAAUUGGCCACCAAAUCAGUGAUCGUCUAUUCGGAUAGAGCAGAAGUCAAACGACUGGUUACGGUGGAUCUGCCGAAAGGGAAUCAGGAAAUUGUGAUACAGAAUGUCUCCGCUGUCAUCGAACGUCAGUCAGUCAGAGUGGAUGGUCGUGGGGUCCUAAUCCAAGAGGUUCAGUAUCAGGAGGUACCAAUGGAUAUGACUCAUGAGACGGAUAAAAUAGUGGAGAUUGAACGACAAAAAGUGGAAGUUGAGAAUGAGAGAUAUGCAAUUGAGGAUGAGUGUUGUUCGAUUAAAAAGAGGAUUGAUGUGUUGGAUGGGGUUGCGGCACAGAUUUCCUCUGGCCCCGCCUCCAUGCCAUUCUCCGCUCAAGGGUCCUCCCAACUGCCAGCAUCUGGAAGUCAGCCACACCUAACUCGUCGUCAUACUGUAACUGGACAGGAGCCGAAUCCAUUGUCCAUGAGCACUACUUCAAUGUCAAAUGGGUUCUUCUUCAAUCACGAGUCGCUGGAUAAUCUGGCAAAGUUUUUGAGUUAUUAUGGCGAUGCCGUGCGAGACAUGAAAAAAGAAUUGCGAAAACGUCAACGAGAGACCGAACAGUUAUCCGAGAAGAUUGAUCAGUUGGAUAGACAAUUGGAUCAGUUGAGAUGUUUGGCAGAGUAUGAUUCGAUUAAGAGGUGUGUUUCUGUUUAA